UUCAUUGAUAUCAUUAUCAGCUGUUGUUAGACAGUUAGAUUGAGUUCAGUGCCCAUUGCCCCCAGUGGUUUACUAUUUCGUGUCCAUGAACUUUACGGCUAAUUGAAAAUGAGGAAAGUGUUCCCGGUUAUUUCUAGAAGCCUUUCACACGUGUGUAGUUUAAAACCGUAUAAAGAGACGAAAUGGCUGAUGCCAAAUGGAAAUCCAACGGGUGCGUAUAUUUACAACUGUGUUGCAGACCAGAAAGUUCCAGUAAUACUUAACGACCCUCACAUAGCCACCUGGUACUCGUGCGGCCCUACAGUGUACGACUCGGCUCACAUCGGACAUGCGAGCUGCUACGUGAAACUCGACAUCAUUCAACGAAUUAUAAAAUCAUUUUUGAACAUCAAACUUGUGACUGCAAUGGGAAUUACGGAUAUCGACGACAAAAUCAUUAAAAAAGGUUUAGAAACUAAGACGCACUUUCAAAAUAUCGCCAAACAAUAUGAACACGAGUUCUGGCUUGACAUGUCUUCACUGAAUAUUGAGAAACCUUUAAUAAUAACAAGAGUGUCAGAACACAUCAACUCCAUUGAAAGUUUUGUACAGAAACUUAUUGACACAGAGAUGGCUUAUGUCACAAUGGAUGGUUCAGUUUACUUUGACACAACUAAAUAUCCAUCUUAUGGGAAAUUACAAAGAGCACAAACUGAAGGAGAAGCAGCUAAUGAAGAAAAAAGGAAUAAAACUGAUUUUGCUCUGUGGAAAGGUCAUAAACCUGAUGAGCCUUCAUGGAAUGUGAAAUGGGGGAAAGGCAGGCCAGGGUGGCACAUAGAGUGCUCAGCUAUGGUCAGUAAGGUGUUUGGUUCUCAAAUAGACUUCCAUGCUGGUGGUAUUGAUCUUCAGUUCCCCCACCAUGAGAAUGAGGAGGCUCAGUCAUGCGCAUACCACAACACUAGACAAUGGGCCAACUAUUGGAUCCAUGUUGGCCACUUACAUGUUAAGGGUGAUACUAAAAUGUCUAAAUCUCUGAAAAACACUAUAUCAAUACCUGAGUUGUUGAAAUCCCACAGUGCAGAUGUGUUCAGGAUGGCUUGUCUGACAUCCAGUUACCGGUACCCAAUGGAAUAUAGUUCAGAAGUAAUGAAAACAGCAGAAGAAGUCCUAAACAAAUUCAAAUUCUUCUUAAAAGAUGCAUUCAUUUAUGUCAACAACAAUGCAGUCAGCAAUGGGGAUUACAAAGAUAAGAUUCUAGAUGAUCUACAGAAGAUUGAGGAGGCUAACAUUGAGGCUUUGAAAAAUGAUUUUAAUACUGCUGUUUGUAUAAAUAAUCUCCUUACUUUAGUGAGUAAUGCUAACAAAGUGAUUAGGUUAGACACUUCAGAGUACUACCCGGUACCUAUUGUGUUAAUAGCUGAAUAUGUAACUGACAUGUUGACAAAAUUUGGACUAAAACUGCAGGAGUCUGCACAAGACAGUGUAUUGUCUAACUCUCUAAUAGAUACUCUUGUUGAAUUCCGACAUACUGUGAGAUUAAAUGCCCUCUCUAGGAAAGAUAAGGAGGUACUACAAGCAUGUGAUAUUGUUAGGGAUAAAAUGAAGAAAAUGAAAGUACAAAUCAAUGAUAGCAAUAAAACCUCUUCUUGGGUUUCUGUAAAAUAACUCGUGAAGUAAGGUUGUUAUGUAAUGUAAAAUUUUGUGAUAACUUAAAAUCAAAUCAACUAUGAUAUUUCCUCUAACUUAUAAUAAGUUCUCUGUCACUACACUAUUAGUUUUAUUGUAAUCAUUUGUUAUUGUAUUUUUCCAAUCCAUUAUGAGAUUAGAACAUGUCCAUAAAUAAAGCAAUAAUAUGCCCUGACCUUAUUUUUAUCAAAUGAUUUUACUACAGGGCUUUACUCUAUCAGUACUACAUUGAAAUCAAUAAUGUUCUAAAUAUAGUGUAGUGUAAAUUGUGUAAAUAAUAAACUGACAAAUAGUACAUGUUAAGAUAUUGAAAUAAAAGUAUAUCUCCACUGUUCAUUAAAGUUUUUAUUUUCAUAAUUUACUUACAUUCAAGUCCAUGACUAGACUAUGAUGAAAUGAGAUUUCCAGGGUCUAUGUCACAAGUAUAGAAUACAAACUAAAAAAGAAAAGUUUAAUGGCAAGUAUGAUAUAUUGUUCAGGGUUCACAUUUUGUGUCAUCUUGUUUUUGGUAUAAUUUUGACAAUAAUUAUGUGAUUUUUACAUUUUGUUUUAAUGAGGAAACAAUCAUUUUCUAUGCUCACAAUCACCAGAGACAGCGGGUGAAUUCUAAACAUAGCAAUGUUAUAAUCACCAUCAGUCUUAUAAUAAUUUCACAUAUAUAUUACUUUGUUCAAAAAACCGAUUCCUUAUAAAUACAUGAGCGCAGUUCUAAACAAACAUUAAGUACAAUUGACACAACAAUUAGAAAUUCAACAAGAUAAAGAUUUUAGUAUACUACAAGCUUCGUUAUAUUGAGUUCGGAAAUCCACUAUGGAAUGUUAACUGACCAUUAGCAACACUAUGCCCAAUCCAAGAACGUCGAAAAGAAGGCGGACAUAAUAUUACUUGGAAAUGAUUGAAGCACCAUUUGUCAGUGGUUUUUUUAUGUGCGGGUGUGUAUGUUUUACAUUACCAGAUGUCCUUUGUGUCAAUGUGUCUAUGUUCGGCGUAUAACUCUAUAGUAGCCAGGUGCCACAGUCGUUGUUUCAAGAGAUUGUGUCCGCCUUUCUUUCAACGUACUUGGCCCAAUCUCUAAACAAUAUAUUGCAUCUUACCUAUUUACUGAAAACUUUUUGCUAAAGAGUUUCGCUUAGGAAGAAAUUCUUCUUACACAAAUAAACAUUUAAAUAUCACAUAGAGAAAAACAAUAAAAAAAGAAUCCUUUGGUACUUAUAAGAUUAAAUCUUAUUUCAUAAGUGAAACUGUGGAAGACUGUGGAGAAUAUUGACGAAAAUACAUUAAUUAAUCAGUAAAAAAAUGGGCAUAAGCGAGUCCAAACAUUACCCUUUUAAACCGCACGACUAGUAUAACGUAAUUACCGAAUCUACCGACUAUAACUAUUUCUGCAAACCGAUACUACAUACAUACACAAAAU